AUGGGCACGGACCAUGUGAGGAAAGGUGCACGAAUAACGAAGGAUCCUUCUUUUGCUCGUGUUCUCAAGGCCACUUCCUCAUGCCGGACUCUACUUCCUGUGGGGACUCUAUCAGCCGGUUUAAUCAUACGCCUCACACGUAUAUCCGAUACCACGACGAUAGGGUUGUUCAGAAAAUUGCAGUGCCUGAAGACUGUGCUACGGAAUGCAUGGAGGAAGCAGAUUUCUAUUGCCGAUCCUUUGACUGGGAACCUGGCAAAAAGACAUGUCACUUAAGCAAGGAAAAUAGCCACACAACGCCACUAGAAAAUGAUCACCAUGUGGACCUUUUUACUUUCUAUGAACGGACUACUACAACAGACCAAAGGAAAUUUACUCAGAGUUUUAAAAAAGCCCCGAGUCUUUUCUCCGGCCAUUAUUACACUUCCUACACGGAGGCACAAUGUGAAGAGAGCUGCCUCCAUGUUGAUGACUUCAUCUGCCUGUCGUUCACGUAUGGAGUCACGAACACGGAUAAUGGACGGAAACACCGAUGCUACCUCAGCCCUUACGAUUCAAGUGGACAAAACAUAGUGGACAACGGCGAUUUCGACUACUUUGAAAUAAAAAAAUGCCGCGUCGUAGGAUUUUGGGGUUUGUCAUGUGAUAACGAGUGCCACUGUGUUGACACACACUGCCAUCCCAUUAAUGGCCGUUGUAUUCAUGGAUGCGCGGCAGGAUGGGAUGGGGAUUCGUGUAACAAUGAUAUUAAUGAGUGCGAAACGAAUAAUGGUGGGUGCAGUCAUGAGUGCCGUAACGAACAGGGGAGUUACCAGUGCCUCUGCGCACCAGGAUAUCAGCUAGCACCUGAUGGUUUCCGCUGUUUUGAUGUAGACGAGUGCCAAACAAAUAAUGCAGGGUGUCAACAGACAUGCAUCAAUACGCUUGGAAGCUACGAGUGUGGCUGCUAUAAUGGGUUUGUCUUGGAUCCGGCUGACCAACACACGUGUACAGCCUCGCAGUGUCCGAUGCUUCCUUCGGUACAUAACGGCAUGUUAAUGCCACAGUCUGUAUGUGAAGCAUCCGCUUGGCUACCGGUAAACACAACAUGCUCGUACCAGUGUUCAUCUGGAUAUGAACUUGAAGGAGAAAGCAAUCGUGUAUGUCAGCUUGGUGGAAAUUGGACUGACAACUCCCAACCAAUAUGUAGAGCCGUGCGAUGUAGCCCUCUGUUAAGGCCCACCAACGGCGAUGUCAUUCCGGAGACCUGCUACAAUGGUCAACCAGAAUACGGUGGUCCAGGAUGCAUAUUCAUAUGUGACCCUGGCUAUACUCUAAACGGAAGUCAGAUCCUAGAAUGCACGGCACUAAAGGAAUGGUCGUUUGCUCAACCGACAUGUGUUCAAGAUCAAACUGCACCGUACAUCUCCUGCCCUGGCAGAGUGACGGUUGAUUUACCACUCGACACAAACUCCACGACAGUGAACAUUCCUACCCCUACAACUGACGGUUCAAGACUGACAGCUAACAUCACACUUUCAGUCGACGGAUCUGCAGUAUUUCCCGCCGGACGCACAGUUGUUGCAUUUGUAGCUGACAACGGGGAUGGAACUCUUUCCUCUACUUGUACAGUUCAAGUGGAUGUGCUAGACAAACAAGCACCUGUCGUCAGUGGCUGUCCAGCAGACGUUAUCGAGAUAUUUACGGAGCAACGUUACGUCACCUCAGUUAUUUGGGAUGAACCGCAGUUCCACGAUAACGUCGGGAUUUCAGAUAUAUGGAAAGCUCUGCAACCUGGUGGAACCCUGACGUGGGGCCUGUACAAUGUAAGGUACACAGCUUGGGACGCUGCCGGUAAUUCUGCGGACUGUAGUUUUGUUCUCCAUAUUCAGCCAAAAACAUGUGGAGACCCCAUCGGCCCGCGCAACGGGAACGCCAACUGUAUGUCUUGGUUGUAUGGUUUGUUCUGCCAGCCUACAUGCAACGCUGGACUGAUUUUUAUUGAGGACCCCGCCAUGACCUAUGUCUGUGGGGCUCAGGCUGAAUGGAACCCGUCGAGAUACAUACCAGAUUGUGUGGGUCAUGUGUUAAAGACCGCGGAUGCCCCUUGUCCAUCUGGAACCAUUGAAAGGCUACAAGGCGCAGAACUACACUGCGCGAACUGUCCUCUCGGCAUGAAAGAAGACGGUGGAAAUUGUGUCAAAUGUGAUGUUGGCUAUUAUCAAGAUACCGAGGGACAAACAGUGUGUAACCGUUGCGCAGAUAAUACAACAACUGCCGAAACUGGGGCAACUACUGCAGACGAUUGCCAAAAUCCUUGCAAUGAGGGCUCAUUCUCAACCACUGGCCUUGGUCCAAAUUGCACUUUGUGCCCGACUGGGUUUUAUCAGUCAAUGAAAGGGCAAGUAAAGUGCGAAGGUUGUCCUGACGGAGCAAACACGACCUCUGAGGGCAGCACGUCUGAGGUGGACUGUCUGAAGACCGCUGUCAUCAUAAGAAUGACACCAGAUUCUCCACAUGCCGCUUACGUUGGAAGUGACAUUAACAUCGCAUGCUACGUACAAGGGAACCGUCUUCCUUCCCGCAUCUGGUGGAAGAAAAGAAGCUAUGGAGGUGACGAGCAGGACAUUACAGCAGCAUCCUACAGCUUCCACUUUGAUACAGCAGAGUCAGCUCAGAUUCUCCACAUCACCCAGGCGACAGUGGAUGACAGUGGCUCUUACCAGUGCUAUGUGUCCAAUCACCCGGUUGGAGACGCUCAGGAUAUGAAGGAAGUUGAUGUGCACAUUCUCCCAAACUAUACCGGUUAAACGACAUCAUUUGUGAGUGGUGUACGGAGCAACGUAUGGAGACAAACAUUGGCCAGCUGUAGUUUAAUAGUAGAAAGCAAUGCCAUUUUUACGUUUGAGUUUACUUGAAGUAAUAAGUGGAGCCUGUUUAAAGUGCCUUUGAACCAAGUAGACAUGUAAAAUCUAAAAUGAUUCAAUAAAUUGAUUAACACUGACUUUAUUCUAUGAAAAACAAACAAUGCAGGACCUAACUCAGUAAGUGUAGUAAUGAAAUAUUACUUCUUUAUUUUAAAUAAUGCGUAAUGGGAUAGAUUUUUGUGAAAAUGUUUUAUUCUAGUAUAGGAAGAGAGUGAUAAAAAUUUAGUCGUAUUUUCUAACGUAUCGUUGUGUUUGACUUGAGCCUUGAACAGGGACAUUAUAAGACAGGAGACAACGUCUAUGCAAUUUUAGAUUUUUGUUGUGUUUUAAGUGGUAGUAAGUGCUUGUCAUGGUGUUGUCAUGAUUUUAAACUGGAUUUAUGAUCUUUGAUAUAUAUCGGAAUUAGCAAUAAAUAUACUGAUAUCAACUUGG